CAAAUAUCAAUAACAAUUCAGGCGAAGCCAGGUACCUCAAGCGAAUCAGAUAACGAAGAGCACUGUGAAAAAUGCAAAGGCCCUUGUAUAAAGAAGAAACUGCAACGCAGUUAUCCACAAGUUCGCACGUACAUCGGAACUUCAAAUACUGUCUGCCAUAUGUUGAAAGAAAAACGACCGAUAUGUUGCUUGCAGCUAAAUGAGAUAAGUUUUGAACUUGACGGGAAUUUAGAUUCGAAAAUGCCAAAUAAUGGAGUUGUUUUUACAGCUUACUAUCGCCAAGUCCACAGACUUCAUCCGAUAGUCCUGUUACUUGAGUUGGAAGAAACCUCUACCCCGAACCCGAGUUUCCUUGACGCCAUAUCAUAUUUCCCAUUGAUAUACUGGAUGCAAGGGAAGAUUUCGAUACUUGACAACCUUCUUCGAGCAGGCGUUAGUAACGCGGAGCAUGUCGUUGUUGUUAAGGAAUUUGCUUCGUUGGCUGAAGAACAUCUCGCUGAUUGCAGUACCAUCAUCAC